AUGGACCAUUCCAUUUAUGAGGCGUGUGCCGAACUGGUGGAACAAUAUGGUCGCAAAGUGAGUGCGGACGAGAUCUUGUCGCAGAAAGUCAAUAACAUGGUGCCCAUUCCGUUCAAAUCCAGAGAAGACCUGGAAUUAGCCGCCAUGGCCGAUAGACAAGAAGGUGUGUUUUCGGGCGAUCUCAUGCCGCAGAUCGAUCUCAAAGUGCUACACUACUAUGCUACGCAGCUAAUCGUGCAGAGAUACCCCCAUUUGAUCAAUUCUUUCGACGAAACGGCGCUCAUCACCUUGGGGCUUCUGGUGGAAAAAUGGGUCACUGACUACCUCAAACAAACAGACCAGGGACUCUCCAGUCCUGCGGAACUCAUCUCAAAGAACACCAAUUACAGACAGUCGCCAUCGGAUAUUUGA